AAUAGAAGACCUUCCCCCCCUCUCUCUCUCCCCCUCUCUCUCGUGUUUGUAGGGAGAGAGAGCUGAGCUGCUGCUGCCUUCUGUCUCGGGUCCUUUCCUCCGUCAGAGCGUUUUCUCCGUUUGUUCAAAUCGAUCGCCACAGAGAGAGAGAGAUAGAGAUAGAGAGAGAAAUAGAGAGGACGAAGAAGGCAGCUCUUCUUCCCUCUUUCUCUUCCGGCGAGUCUCCGAAUCUCGCCGGAGUUUCCGCGGGUUCCGGCGGCUGCUCCCCGAGCUCCGGCGCAGCUAAAGCGACAGGCAGCCGAGGUUCAAGAAGAUGCUUUGCGGUGGGAGGGAGGAAUUUGUGGAGGAAUUUUUGGGAAAAUCAUGUCGUUGAAGGAAGCAGGAAAUGGAGGUUGACGUGCAAUGCAGGGAAGAGAGGAAUCGGAGGUUAGCCUUUGGAGGAUCUUGCACGCCACAGCCACCGCGCACCGAUACGACGAUCCGCUGCUGAAGCCUCUCUUCCUCCCCCACCCCUUCGUUGCCUUCUCCCGUAAUUCAUCCCCCUACUGCCGCUUCAAUUCCACUCUCCCUCCUUCCCUCCUCCGCCCCCUUCCUGCACCGGCCUCGCCCGCCUUUUCGGAGCUGAAUUGUUGCUGCUCUGCUCCCGUCUGUGCUUGACAGCUUCCCUGCCUCUGCUCGGGUCCUAAGAUAAAGGUAGCUCUCGUGACGGAUACUUGUUGAAUUGCACGACGAAUGCAGUUCAGAGUUGCUUAUGAAGAUGGAUUUGUGAAAUCUACAAAGCUUCGUGCAAUUUGUCCGGGCUGGUGAUGGAUUCUUCUCAUUAAAUUCUCCUGGAACUGUAGAUUGUGCACUUUGCCAUGCCAACCCCACUUAUGGACUUGAAGGGGUUGUCCUCGCCAUCUCACAUCUCAGAGGAUGCCUGUUUCCGCAAUGAGGGUCAGGUCCCAUCUUGCAAGUCAGCGGCUUUACCUGAUCAAUAUGGAACAGCUGGCGGCAAGGCAUAUGCUUCACCACCCCUGCAGAAGUUUGGCGCGGUGGACUCUCAAACGGCAAAGUAUGUGGACCAUACUGAGCCAUUCUUAUUGCAGGAUCAGGAAAGGGGCCUUAGUUUGGAUCAGCAUGCUUUACAGAAUGGGAAUGACUUAGCAGGAGGACAAUCUUUGGCUUUUUUGAGAUCCUUAGACCACAAUUCAGGAUCAAUAUCCAGUUUGAAUGCUUUACAGGCAUCAUUUUAUGCACAAAGUAACACAGUUAACACCGUGCGCCCUCAGUACGAGAACAGUCUCUUCUCAAGCUCAUUGCCAGAGCUGUUCAGCAGGAAAUUGAAAUUAUCAUCAAACAAUGCCCUUUUUGACCAUUCUGUUCGUAAUGUUGCCCCUGGCCUUGAGGAAGAAGACAAAUUUGCAUCACUUAAAGAAAUUGAAGCGCAGACCAUCGGCAACCUCCUUCCUGAUGAUGAUGACUUGCUCUCUGGAGUUACAGAAGGGCUUGAUUUUGCUGCGCAGCCUACUAGCGAUGAUGCAGAAGAGCUGGACUUUUUUAGCAAUGUGGGGGGAAUGGAUUUAGGAGAAUCUGAAACCUCAGCGAAACAAAAGUAUAUAAAGUCUGGGUCUAAUGGUUCAAUAGCAGGGGAGCAUUCUUCUGGACGCAGUCCUUCUAGGACUCUAUUUGUGAGAAAUAUUAUCAGCGAUACCGAAGAUUCAGAGCUGCGCACUCUUUUUGAGCAAUAUGGAGAUGUCUGCCGCCUUUACACAGCAUGCAAGCACCGGGGGUUCAUUGUGGUAUCCUAUUAUGAUAUAAGAGCAGCCCGAAAAGCCAUGGAAUAUCUGCAGAACAGACUGAUAAUGGGCAGGAAACUUGACAUACAUUACUCGAAUUCAAAUGACAACCCUUCACAGCGGGAUAUCAGUCAGGGAACGCUCAUUGCUUCUAAUGUUGAUCAUGGCAUUUCAAAUGAUGAACUUCAUCAUAUUUUUGGCGUUUAUGGAGAUAUCAAAGAGAUUCGAAAUAUCCCAUAUAGAAAUCAUCAGAGGUCUAUUGAGUUUUAUGAUAAUAGACAUGCAGAAGCUGCUUUUCAUGCCUUGGACAGAAGUGGUAUUGCUGGGAAGCAGAUUAAAGUUGAACCGAUCCAUCCUGGAGGAAUGAAAGAUUUGUUACAGUCCGCUCCCGAGUUGAAGCAAGAUGAACAGAUUCUGUUUAUGCAGCAAAGUAGCCCGUCAAAUCAUUCAGCCCCUGGUUUCCCUGGACGUAGUUCACUCGGGAUGGGUAAUGGAUCCGCUGUUGGCAUGCAAUCUUCAAUGCAAAUUCCAUUUAUGCAAAGUGCGCUUCAUCAUGGGAUCUCUUCUAGUGUUCCUAAUGGCUUGCCUUCACUAUUGAGAGUUGAAUCACUUGGCAAGCAAUCGGGUCUCCCUGAAUCGGGUCACUUGCAGGGUCAAAUGAAGUUUGAUAUCCGGGAACCAACAAACCUUCAUCCUCACUCACUUCCAGAUUAUCAGGAUGGUUUAGUUCAUGGCAACCACUGCAAUUCUCCGACUCUCAUGGGGACAAACUUCAACCCCAGACCUCCUGAAACAAUUGAUGGCAGGCAGCUACAGAGAGUAGACUCGAAUGGACACUCACUGGAUCAAGUUUUUGGAUCUGCUGGUAGUGGGAGCUCUCCUCUUCUUGGCCACCGUUACAUGUGGGGCAGCAACUCUUAUCGCUCUCAACCCCCUUCCAUGAUAUGGCCGAACUCUCCAUCUUUUGUGAACGGGAUUCACACCUCCCAUCCCUCAGCAAGACUCCAAGGCCUUCCUGGGGCCCCACCGCAGUUGCGCAACUCAGUCUUGCCCACACAUGCACAGAACCACCACAUUGGAUCGGCACCGACCGUGAAUCCUACCAUUUGGGAGAGGCAACAACAAUCCUAUGCAGUAGGAUCUCCAGAGACUUCUAUUUUGCACCCAGGAUCUCUAGGGACCAUGAGAAUCUCAAAGAACUCGCUCCAUUCUAUGGAGUUGGUUCCUCAUAACAUCUUCCCUAAUGUCAAUGGCAACUGUAUGGAGCUACCGGUUCCUCCCUCGAAAGUAGUGGGGCUCCAAUCCCCUCAUCAUAGGGGCAUGAUGUUCCCGGGGAGAGGUCCAAUGAUGCCUUCUGUGGGUUCCUUUGAUCCACCAAAUGAACGUAUUAGAAGCCGCAGGAAUGAAGGUGGUUCUAAUCAGGCUGACAAGAAGCAGUAUGAGCUUGAUAUUGAGCGUAUAAUUCGAGGGGAAGAUAAUAGGACUACCCUUAUGAUAAAAAACAUUCCUAACAAGUAUACUUCGAAGAUGCUUUUAGCUGCAAUUGAUGAGCACCACCGUGGGACAUAUGAUUUCAUUUAUUUGCCCAUUGACUUUAAGAACAAAUGCAAUGUCGGGUAUGCAUUUAUCAACAUGACUGGCCCGAGCCAAAUUGUUCCAUUUUAUAAGGCAUUUAACGGGAAAAAAUGGGAAAAGUUCAAUAGCGAAAAGGUGGCGUCUCUUGCAUAUGCUCGUAUACAGGGAAAAGCUGCUCUGAUUGCUCAUUUUCAGAACUCGAGUUUGAUGAAUGAGGAUAAACGAUGCCGACCCAUUCUCUUUAAUACUGAAGGGCCCAAUGCCGGUGAUCAGGUACCAUUUCCUAUGGGGGUUAAUGUCCGCUCUAGACCCGGGAAAGUUCGGAGCAGCUUCCUUGAGGAUAACCACCAGGGAAGCCCACCGAGUUCAGCCACUGGAGGAGGCGACUAUUCUAGCGGAGGAGAUGCAUUAGCGGGUCCCACGAAGGACAGAGACUGAGCAAAGACUGCACGAGUAAUUUUCUCCGGGCUCGAUUCUUAUAAUAUUGAGAAGAAACAUUAAAAUGGAAAGGUUUCUUUUUUCUUUUUUAUGCAAACAGUAGAGUUGUCGUCCUUUAGCUUAUCAUAUGCCCCGAGGUGAUAUCCGGUUUUCUUCGGGAUAUCGCCCUUUUUAACUCACGGAAUCGUGAAUUCCGAUGGAGCAGCUUGUAGAGCUUCCAAAUUUUGGGUGGUCCUUGGGAGUGAAUAUAUGAAUAUAACAAUUUUCAUCAACAUAUAAGAAUGUAUAUGAGGGUUUGUUUACUAGAGGAACUUCAACGCCAACCCUCUGUAUUUGUUUUUCUGGGCACUUCAGAUUAUCAAUUGGUCUCUUAUUUUUUUGGUCAUCUGUAAUACCUGACAUAUAUUAGACAGUGAGUUCUGAAAAAAUUUUGAUUUUGGCGUCA